AUGGCAGCACAACAGACCGUCGCGCAGGCCGCCACCACGGGGUUCGACAACGCCCCCGCAUAUGACGCGCAUCGGCCCUCGUAUCCACCAGAGGCGGUUGGGUCACUGCUUGCCCAUCUGGGCGUUGCUGACAAGGCUGGCGCGAGGAUCAUCGACCUCGCUGCCGGCACGGGAAAGUUUACGGAGCUGCUGGCCGCUCGAGGUGAAGGGUACGAGGUCGUGGCGGUUGAGCCGGUGGCGAGGAUGCGGGAGAGUCUGGAGAGGAAGAGGUUGGGCAGGGUGGAUGUGCGGCAUGGGCUGGCUACAGAGAUGGGUGUUGAAGAUGGUUGGGCAGAUGCGGUGAUUGCUGCUCAGUCCUUCCAUUGGUUCGCCAACGAAGAAUCCCUCAAGGAGAUCCGGCGGGUGCUGAAACCCGGUGGUAAGCUAGGCGUGAUAUGGAACAUUGAGGACUACAACCAGCCGCCCGGGUGGACGGCCUCUACCAAGUGGGAAGACGGAGUGAAGCAGCUCGUCCUUGCCCUCCCACCGGACGGCAUUGACAGGUUCCGGGACGACAAGUGGUGGCAAGUAUUUGAGCGUCAGGCCAGCGCUUCCGAGCCCUACUUUGCCGCGCCCAUUGGACGGGAGACGGUGUCAUUUACGGCGUGGCGGACCAAGGAGUUGCUGUGGGAUCGAAUCAACACCCUGAGCCAGGUAGCCGUGUUACGGGGCCACGAGAAGGACAUGUUCAAGGCGAGGUUUGACGAGAUUUUCGAAAAUGGGGAUCAAGUUUGGAAUGAUGAGGGAGAGGUGGAGUUUCAUGGGGUCACGACGUUGCGCGGCUCCAUUCGUGAUGGAUGGGUUCGCUACUGGCAGUCGAAUCAAAUCGCCUAG